ACUCAGUUGACGCAGUUCUGAAACGGCUGUUGAAAGUCGAACAAGUGUUUUCGAACGGAAUACAUAGCGAUUAAUAAACGUUGUUGAACUGUCAUUAGUCAUAGUCGAUAUUUAUUUAUUAGUGAUAUUGGAAUUUUCUUAGCCUAUAAACUUUUAUAUUUCGAAAUUUUAAAGUGUUUAGUGAUUUGUUUUCUUGUAUUUAUUACCUGACUUCAAGUUUACACUAUCAGAAAAUUUUUGGAAGUGCUAAAUAUUUAGUUGUCUUUACUACUACUGAAAAGUAAAGUGAAACUUAAAUUUAUAAUGAUUCAAAAUGUUGUCAAGGGCGACAAUGAACAUUUUAUGUUAGAGUUACUUUCCUACAUUGCUUGAAGUUAUAUUCUGAAGUGUGCUUGCGCGUGGCUAUCGAGUCAAUAAAACGCGGGCAUGACCUUCUAAAUGAAGCAAACAUAUCCAGGAGACAUUAUGCUAUGUUUCGUAGAAGGUUUUGGUAAUGGUGUGGAACGAGGAUAUAAUAAGAGCCGCGAAUUGAGUGAAAGUGACGUUUCAGAAGUGAAUAUAGCUUUAAAAUCUAAGAAGAACUCCAAAAGAGUGUCGAUAAAUUCUGGUACUAGUGCAGAAAGUUUGAACGAAGAAGUGGAAUUGUUAAGGCCUGGUGGCAAGUCGUUGAGGUUAUCAUCUCGCGACCGAUUAAAGACUGUCACCGAGUUAAAGAGAAGUUUCAGUGACCGCUUUUCAAUUAUUAAUGAUGCAGGAAAGAAAAAAGCUCCUAAAGGCAUAUUGACCAUAAAAAAGACUUGGUCAACCGGGAACUUCGCUGGGGGCGCUGGAGGCGCGGCGGGCGGCGGGGGCGCCCCGCGCUCCGCGCCCGCCACGCCGCUGCAACUGGAGCCCCACCCGAGGCACUCCUCACACAAGCACGACAAGCAUGUAGUGAAACCGCUAUCGGGGUCCGCGCCGUCGGUGCGAGUGUCGGCCCUCGGGCCUCUCGAAGAUGGCGCGGCGAGCGGUGCGGCGGUCGCGACGAGCGCAGCGGACGGCAAGCCGCCCGGCAAAGCGCGCCAGAAGAAGUUCCAGAGACACUUUCCGCAAGUGGGACCAGACGAGCGCGUACUCAACUAUUAUUCGUGCGCUCUAGUCGGUGACCUCUUGCUUCAAGGUCACCUCUACAUCACCAAGAACUACUUCGCGUUCUAUUCCAACGUGUUCGGAUAUGUCACCAAGGUGAGCAUCUUCCAAAUCCGCAAUGGGACUCUCGCCGUGCCCCCGCCACAGGAGUUAAGAUCUUCAGAAGUAGAGUUAGAAGCGUCAGAGUAUUCUCCCGAGGACGACAGCAGCUCGGCGGGCGCUGACCAUACGGACGCGCCCAGGGACCCUGCUGACCCCCUUAUAGCCGCAGGCGGAGUGGGCGUGGGCGUGGGCGUGGGCGUGGGCGGGGGCGUGGGCGCGGCGGUGAUCCAGCCGGCGCUGCUGACGGGCGGCGCGGGCGGGCGCGGCGGCGCGCGCGGCUGGCACGCCGCACUGGCGCUGGCGGCGGCGCUGCUCGCGCUCUCCGCCGCGUACCUCGCCUACAGGCUAGCACAUACAGAGGAGCCGGCGCGGCUGUCGUCGGGCGGGCAGAUGUACGCGGCGCUGGUGGCGUGGCGCUCGCGCCUGCACGGCCGCGCUGCCGACGAGCUGCACGCCUUCCUCUCCACCAACCUGCUGCUGCUCGCCAAGGUGCGACAAUCUCUGGAGACAUUGUCGGGUGUGAUUCUGACCGACAUGGGCCACGACGUGCCCAACGACACCGCCUUCAGUUAGCGCACGCCCCCCCACACUCCCCCCACUUGUACAGUUGUAAUUGUACUGUUAAUUGCAUUCAUUUGACUAAACUGUCCCAAAACUGUUUAGUCGCGUUUUGAUUUCUAUCAGCUUAUAUGGAGCACACUACUCGAU